AUGCUGCUGUCCAUGGCCAAACCGCUGUGGGCUGUGAUGGCCUUGCUUCCGGUGAUCGAAGCUAGCCAGUGCAUUGCUGGCGCAUCUUUUGAGGGCGGCGGCAAGACCAGCUGCAUGUGCGACCGCUUCAACCGAUCCGAUGACUCUCCGGCGCCCAGCUGCUUGCUCAACUCGGAUGAAACACGGGUGGCGCCCUUCUUCCUGGAGCCAGAUGCUCCGCUGCCAUUGCCAUUUAAGCUGAUGGAGGACUUUCGCUUUUGGGAGGCCCAAGAUGUUAAGGCCGCCAAAGGUGGAUGCCCUGCCGGCUUCGAGCGCCCAGGGGACGCCGGAGCUGAUCCUUCUUCUCCUGGCUUCUACAGAUACAACGCCACCUGGCUGCCUCAACCUUUGCAGCACUGGUUGGGCUGCGCUCAGGUACGGCGCUGUCCUCAGGGCUACUACUGCGAGGAGGGCGACACUGCUCCUAUGGCCUGUGGCAAGGGGAGCCUUUGCAACGAGACAGGCCUCACCAGUCCCAGGCCAUGUCCAGAGGGUUUCUACUGCCCUACAUCACUCAUGGUUUUGGAAUGCUUCCGUGGGAGCUUUUGUCCCAAAGGCAGCUUGGUGCCGGCCAGCUGCCGCAAAGGCUUCUAUUGCCCUUCCCCUUGCGAGCAGAUCAAAUGCCCUGAAGACCACUGGUGCCCUGAAGCGUCUUUCGAGCCUCGACCCUGCAGCUGGUGGAACCGCUGCCGCGCAGGAGCCAGCUCGGUGGAUUGGUACACUUUGGGCCUUUCGAUCGCCUGUACCAUCCCUAUCCUCUUUGAGUUGAUUUUGCGCCUCACCUUCCGACGGCCUGUGCACGAGCAGACCGCCUUCAAGUCCCUUCAAGGCAUGACAGCUCCUUGCUUGGUCCUCCUGUGCAUCACUUUGCUGUUGGCCUGGCUGUUGAUGCCCGCGGUCGCUUUGGCCAAGAGCUCCGUGCUGCUCUACACCAUCGCCAGUGUGGCCACACCUCAUCGACUGCGAAUGUGGAGGUUUGUUUUGGUUGGCCUUGGCGCGCUCAUGGUCUUCAUCCUUGAGGGCAUUGUCGCAGCUUCUUGGAUCAUUUAUGUGCCCAUUUGCCUGUUCGCCGGCUUCCUCUUCUCGGCGCCCAGCCUGGCGUAUCAACGCCGCGGCUUCAACGCGGUGUGUUGUUUGGUUGUGUCCCUUUUCUUUGCCAACUGCUUCCUCUUCAUGAGUGGCGUGAGCUUUACUGCUGAAGAGGAGAAGGGUGUCACCAUCGCACAGGGAUGCUUGGCCUUGGGCCAUCUGUGGCUCUUUCUCUUGGCCUUGAUGUUCCUUUUCUACACAGAGGUGGCCCGGCAGCAGAAUCUGCAGGCUCACGAGGCCUCCCUGAUCGAGAUGGCACCAGGUGCCGGUCAGCCAGCCUCAGUUGCUCAAAGAAAGGGCAUUGCGUUUCGAUUGGAGGACGUGGGUCUCACCGUGCGCAGCUCUGAUAAGCCGGUCUUAAAGAACAUCUCUCUGGAGAUUUCGGCAGACAGCAGUUGCGCGUUGAUGGGUCCAUCGGGCAGCGGCAAGAGCAGCUUGCUGAAUGUGCUCACUGGCCGUGCUUUGCAUUAUGGAGAUGUGUGUGGGCAGAUGUUUGCGAACAAUGAAUCCAUCCCGGAGGGCAUUGAAUCCAACCUGAAGACAAAGAAUGCUUCUGGAUUCGUGCCCCAGGACGAUGUGAUGCAUACAGAACUGACUGUCUAUGAGAACGUUUACUUCUCCGCUCGCUUGCGUCUAGCGCCUAACACGGGCCUUCUGGAGACAGCCACGCGAGUGGAGACUGUUUUGAAAGAUGUUGGCAUUUGGCAUGUGAAGGACAGUGUGGUAGGCAAUGCGGAAGUCCGCGGCAUCAGUGGUGGGCAGCGGAAGCGCACGUCCAUCGCCAUGGAGUUAGUGGGUGAACCAUCAGUGCUCUUCUUGGAUGAGCCGACCAGCGGGCUAGACGCUGCUGCAGCACACUCGAUCGUGAAGCUGCUGUGUAAGUCACAGCUGCACUGCACCACAGUGGCAGUGAUUCAUCAGCCUCGUUGGCAAACGUUGGAGUGCUUCGAUCAGGUGGUGCUUUUGGCCACCGGCGGCUUUCUGGUCUAUUCGGGUCCCGUCCGCGAGAGUGUGAAGUACUUCUCCGAGGUGCUAGAAGUGGAGAUCCCAGCCAUGUCAAACCCUGCGGAUCUCUUCCUGGACUUCAUCGACAGCUCCACGGCAGAGGGUCCUGCGACCACGGCUGAGGAGCUGGCGGCCCAAUGGGUGGCGAACAAGGAGCCCACGACCAUUGGGAGUUCCAUUUCGGAUUCCUUUCACUCCGUGGGUGAGAGGGAGGCACCGCCUUUGGCAUCUUACGAGAAGUUCCGGCCCGGCGUCUCAGAGACGUUCUGGACCUUGUACUUGCGAUGUUGCUUGCAAGUGGUCCGCUUGUGGAAGCACCGUGUGACCAAUCUGGGCUUGGUAGCACUCUUCUUGGCCGUUGUAAGGCUUUUGCUGGGUGAUGAAGGCGACUUCGAACAAACUCUGGUGAAGCUGGGCAUCGCACAGUCCAUGCUCAUGCUGCCCGUUUGCAUCCACAGCAUGUAUGUCUUCAGUAGUGAUCGUCUAGAAAGACAGCGUGAGGACACCGCCGGCAUACCGACCUUGUCGCAGUACAUGGCCAAGGACUUCUGCCACUUUAUCGAAGUUCUUCUCUUUGCCGUGCUUUGGACAGGUAUUUAUGGCCCGUUCUCCCACGUGGCGGCUACGCCCUGGGUGUUGCUGCGUUUGGCGGUGGCUCAAUGCUACCUAGCCUUUGGUAUAUCCUUCUUCUUGUCCGUGAAUCUGCCGAGCCAGAGCACUGCCACCGUCACAAUCAUGCUUCUGCUAGUGGUGGCACAGCUGUGUUCUGGCGUGGACUUAAUCGCUUUUGGAGAUGUUCAUGCAGCCUUACGCGGGGUAGGUUGGGUGAUUUUCAUGUUGUCACCAUCGUUCUACACUGUGGAGCGAAUCUUGCCCAUCCUCCUCAAUGACGGUUGCACGGAACCUGUGCGACGUGCCGUUUGUGACGGCGUUCUUCAGAAGAAAGGUGUGAGCCACUUGGCCUCAAUGAAGAAAUCUCUUAGAGAAGUCUGGAGGAUUCUGGAGGAUGUUCUGAGCGGUUCCGACUUGGGAGUGUUUCCUUAUCGAAACAGAAGUUGGGGAACAACCGUUUCAUUGGGAUAG